UAUUGCCGUGAUUUUCUACACUCUCAUACUGUAAUUUCAUUCAGGUUUUUUCUGGCAUUUUUGACUGAAGUGUUUACAAUCGGCAAGGCCUAGCUACCAUCUCUCAGCAUCACACCUGCGGCACCUCUGUUAUGGAUGUACAGGUCGUGCUCGUUUUUGUGAGCCUGCUGUUUUCGAAAGCACAUUUCCUCCAGUGUCAUGAGUGCAUGCUUGAUGAAGAGUGCAUCGCAAAGGACUGCCCCGAUGGACAGUGUCUGAGUGUGGGGGUGACGACCUACUCAAAUGGUUUAAAAGUGUCUCACAAUAAUAUCAAACUCUGCGGGACACGUAAUGUUGAAUGCGUGUCGGGAUCUGUGAAUUAUGGCAUUUCCAUUGUGAGCCAUAACAUCUCAUGCUGUUCCACAGACCUGUGCAACUCUGAGGACCUGCAAGAUAUACCACUCCCUACAAUCGGAAAUGGACUGAAGUGUUAUACGUGUCAGGGACAGACUUGUUCAUCCACAGUAGACUGUCUAGGAGAUGAAAACCGCUGCAUCUACACAAAAGUUUCGUAUGGAGAUGCCUCGAUGGCCUUGGAUUUAAGUGGGUGUGCCUCAGAGGACAUGUGCAAUGUGACCCUGUCCCAGCUCCGGCUCAGCGUCAGCUCUCAGUGCUGUGAGGGCAGUCUAUGCAAACCUCAUGGAUACAGUGGCAGGGACACAGAAUACAGUAACACCAUGGCUGGACAUGGUGACAGCACGGCUGGACAUGGUGACAGCACGGCUGGACAUGGUGACAGCACCACUGAGCAUGAUGACAGCAUGGCUGGACACAAGAACAGCAGCAUAUCGGGGCACAACUGCAGUGGCCAGUGGUCAAAAGAAGGACGUCCUGUCCAGAUGAGGUUCUGCUCUGGCCCGGGCCAGGCUCAGUCGGGCUCCAUCAACUACGGCUUCGCAGCGCUCAGCUACAAGGCAGUGUGCUGCGCAACUGACCUGUGCAAUUCUGGUAGUAUAACACAGUUCAUUUCUGCCCCGAAAGACCCCUUCGACAAGUCUUUUGCUUUCUUUACAAUGUAG